AGAAGACUUUUAAUUUGAAAUAACAACACAUUACACAAGUUACUUACUGGACCUCGAUGUUCAAGUUAAUAUAUUAAAUUAACCCUAAUAUCUAGUAACGUUUAAAUUAAUUUUGCACAACCAAAGAAGGACAUACAUUUGCACGAUCAUGUGUUUACUCUAAUGAAGAUUUGCUUCACGCUUCUUGCAUGUAAAUACCGCACCUCUUCUUCCAGCAUGCAUCCUGCUGUAAAUCCGACAACAAAACAGUUCAAGCUGGAUCAAUAAGAGUACAAGUAGAAGAUAACGCAUUUCAUUUUGACUUUAGGGGCAAGUGACCAUGGAGCCUGCGAGUCUGGAGAAUCUGUGUGUUUUGUACCACAGUGCAAACUAUAUUGUUGUUAACAAACACUGGGACAUCCGUAUUGACAGUAAAAUGUGGUAUGAGAAGCAGACUGUCCAGAGUCAGCUGAAGCAUCACUUCCCAGAGCUUGCAGAUCCUGGCACCUACUAUGGCUUCAGGUUUUGUCAUCAGCUGGAUUUCUCCACAAGUGGAGCUUUGUGUGUAGCACUGAACAAGGCUGCAGCAGGGCAGGCAUACCGCUGUUUUAAAGGGCGACUGGUUACCAAAGCUUAUAUUGCAUUGGUUCGUGGCACUGUGGCGGAGGAAAGAAUGACCCUGGAGUUUGCAAUUGGCAAGAACACAACUGAGGGCAAGACCCAUAUGAUGUGCAUUGAAGGAGAAGAAGGAUGUGAAAAUCCAAAGCCCUGCCAGACAAAACUUACCGUUUUAGAGCAUGGAUCAUAUGAAGGAGAUCCGGUCACAAAAGUGCUUUUACAGCCUAUGACGGGACGGACACACCAGCUCCGAGUCCACUGUCGUGCUAUUGGUCACCCUAUAGUGGGAGACUACACCUAUAGUCUACGCACAGACAACACUCCUUAUCGCAUGAUGCUGCAUGCAUAUUUCCUGCAUAUUCCACUAGAGAAUGAACCGAUUCAAGUCUUAGCCCCAGAUCCUUUUCUGCCCAGUCUCGACUCCAAAUGGGCUCCACAAAGAUGCGUGAACACUUCAGAUGGUUUACUUGAGAUUAUUUUAAAAGAGGCAAAAACUGAGAUGAAACAGAGCCAAGAGGAACCAAAGACAGUGCACAAGAGGAGCAGCCCAGUGGAGAGUGAGGAACAUACGGCUCAGUGUCAACAGUGGCUAAGUGAAUGGAAUUUGGACUGAUAAACUUGAGAAACUGAAUUCUGGUUUAUCAGAACUACUGAUGGUACACCACAAUGAUUUCCCAGCUCCACAGACUAAAACUCAUAAUAUUUUCCUUCUCCUUAUAAAGGCAGCUUGCCAGUGCUUCUCAAAAACAGUAUUUGGACAGAAAUGAGGCAAUGUGUACAAUUGCUAAUUGUAAGAAAAUGUACCUUUAGGGUCAAAGUUUUAUGCUUUUAAAUCAAAAGAUCUUAAAUUAUUUUGAUGUUUUUACAUAUGUUUUUAUCUGUUUUUGUUUAUGUUUAUGGAAACAAAUCAUAAAGGUUUUAGUGCCUGUAAAGGAGCCUAAAGGUACAUCCUUUUUUUAAAAGGUCCUUUAUAUUAUCCUUAUAAUUUCUAAAAUAGAAUAAAAAUAUUGAAUUGUAUGCAACACAGUAGAAUAUAAAUUCUUUGCAUCAUCAAACUACUGUGAUCCAAACAGUCCCUACCUCAAAAAAAUAAAAAUGCUGCUGAUUUCUUAAAGUUGCAGUGUGUGAUUUUUAGAAGGAUCUUUUGACAGAAAUGCAAAAUAAUAUACAAAACUAUACUAUCAGGGGUGUAUAAAGACCUUUCAUAAUAAACUGUUAUGUGUUUAUUAACUAAAAAGAACGAGAACUUUUUAUCUACAUACACCAAGGCUCCCCUUACAUGGAAGUCGCCAUUUAGUGCUGCCAUUUUUCUACAGAAGCCCUUAAAGGACUUUUUUUACUAAGUUGUCUCCGACGAUGACAUGUUUGUUCGGUGGCGGCUACCGUAGCUUCUCUAUGUGUGUCAAAAGCAAGAGGUGAGCCGUGGACUAAGCCGCUGGUUGCAAUUCGCAACCUCACCACUAGAUGCCGCUAAAAUUUACACACUGCACCUUUAAGCUGGUACAUAUUUGAAAGACUUCUGUAGAGUACCUAAAAUGUUAUUUCAGGAAAGCAAAGCCAUUAAAACACACUUAAAUGAAUCAGUAUGUAUACAUAAAAACAUUUAUUAAUAACUGUAAUAAUCAGCUUUUGCACACAGAAAACAUGUAGUGUUGCAAAGUAAUGAUCCAGCUGAGCAUUUUUUAAUAAAUAAAGGCCAUUUAGUCUAUAA